AUGCUCCGACCUCGAAGAAUAAAAGGCAUGUUGCCACCAAAACUCGUGAGCAUAAAUUGGUCGCACAUUUUUAUAGUCUCGACGGCAAUUGUGUCUUGGCAGUUCACAUGUUUGGUUAAAGCAAAUGAUGAAUAUGACAAUGUUUUUACUGAAGACGACGAAAAAUCCAGUUCUUGGAGCAUUGUUCUUGCUGGAUCUCUUGCUGCAUUCAUUAUAAUAUUAAUGUUGAUGUUAUGGACGUGCUUCCGCCGGCGAUUGGCUGCUGUUGACAAAAACAGAAUUCCCGACGUUAAUGAUCCGGAAAUUGCGAGAGCUGAAGCAGGUCUUGUCGAGACUCUUGGCGAGGCUGCUCGACAGAAUUAUGAACGUGCUCGAUUAUUUCAAGAAGCAUAUCCACCAGAUAGUAUUCCAACGGAUAUUACGCUAUCACAAUUUCUUUCUAUUCAGGAAAAGGGAGUUUCUGCGUGGGAAUUUGAACCUGAUCUACAUCACACUAGUUGUUUUGUCGAAUGCCGCACGGAAAUUGCAUUUUAUGAUGGAGAAUGUUGUGUACAGACCAAUUUGCCAUUACCAAAACAACAAGAAGUUUAUUAUUGGGAAGCAAAAAUGUAUGAAAAACCAGCAUCGACCACUGUUGCUGUUGGAUUGGCAACCAAACCAUAUCCUCUAUUUCGUUUACCAGGAUGGAAUCGUCAUUCAGUAUCAUAUUUCUCUGAUACUGGACUGAAAUAUCAUAAUUCACCGUUCAAUGGAAAAACAUAUGGACCACAAUUUCAACAGGGAGAUGUCGUAGGAGUGGGAUAUCGUCCGCGUACAGGCACCAUCUUUUUCACCCGUAAUGGAAAAAAACUAGAUGACGCAUUCACAGGAAUGAAGAUGAAUUUAUUUCCAACGGUCGGUGCAAAUGGGCCGUGUUGUGUUCAUGUUAAUUUUGGCCAAUUAGGAUUUGUAUUCAUCGAAGCAAACGUGAAAAAAUGGGGACUUGCGCCUACAAUGGGAACUUUAGCACCGCCGCCUGCGUAUGGAUCGGAAAGGGGCUCACUACUUCUCGAAUCAAGUUCAAGAGGACGCCCUUCAGAAGAUAUACCUUCACGUAUUUCAUAUACACAUUCUGGGGAUGGCGGUUUUAUGGGUGGAGCACCACAAGAAGCUAAUUUGGACAUUUCAUUGGCUGAUAUCACUCUUCCACCACCAUCUUAUUCCUCUGUGGAUCGUCACUUUGAACGACAAUCUGUAUCAUCGGAAACUUAUUUAUUGUCAGAAGAACAAAAUGACUCUCGGAGAAAUAGUUAUGAAAUAACUACCAGACAGGAUCAACAAAGGGAUGGAUAA